AUGCUGAUGAAAGGCUUCAGCCCCCACCCCCUCCGUGCUCACCCCGAUCCCGAGGGUGACCAGGUGCAGCCCGAGUUUCAAGAGUGCGGGGAGGAGCAGUUUUCAUUCGGAAAAAUUUUAUUUACAAAAGGUGCCUCUCUCUCUGUAGGUGACGUGAUGGUCUGCUUUGGAAAUAUGUUUAUUCAGCUUCCAAAAUCAACGACCAAAGAAAUGAUGCAGAAAGAUCAGGAGCACUUGGAUGAGGAAAUAAACACCCUUCGGAAAGAGCUGAGAGUGAAGGUCAACCAUCUGUUUGAAGCGCAAGGUAAAGCUGAGCUGAAAGGAUUUAACCUGAACCCAAUGACUCCUGAGGAAAUGAAACUAAUUAAUCGUAUCCUGGAAGGAUGAGCUUAGUGACAACAGCAGGGACUUCAACUGUGUUGCUCAUCAGGUGCACUAGGCUGUCGCUCAUGGAGUUCCUGGUGCAGAACUCAGUGCCCAAUCUCCAGGUUUCUAGGGAGAACAUCUCGACACCGAGGAUCCCUUUCAAGUUGUUUAUUUUGUAGAAUUUUGUUUCCUGAAUUGGACUGUGAAAUCCUUUCAUACCAGAAACGGCAAGUGUCCAUUGUUGGCCAAGGGUUGGGCACUGUAAUUGUACAGAUAAGUGCUAAAACACUGGCUCAUUCACAGCAUUUGACAGCCUGCCAUCACUGGGGUGGAAGUGGGUUUAUUAAAACUGGAGAAACAGGACA